AUGUUUUACAAACCGGACCGGAGUCGAAGCAUUGUGGUGACGGAAGAUAUUCGAAUUGACAUCCCACGACGUCUGAGUCAACCUCAGUUUGGUUGGCUAAGGCAUCUCGGUGAUCUCAACUUCGAUGUGUUUGAGGUUGCAAAUCACACCAACGAUCGACCACUUCAGUUUGUGGGCAAAGCCAUUCUGCAGAAUACGGGACUCUCGGAUAAGUUCAGCAUACCUGAGGAUAAAUUGGAUCGCUUCCUGCGAUACAUCGGGAAGGGUUACCGCAAAUCAAAUCCAUACCACAACGAAUAUCAUGCUACGGAUGUCACACAGACCGUCUACCACUUCCUAUACACUCUUGGCUUGGCCCAAUACUUCGGCGACCGCGAAGCGUUAGCGGCGAUAGUGGCAGCCAUGAUCCAUGAUUUCCAACACCCUGGUGUGAAUAACGCGUACUUAGUCAAUUCAAGGUCAGCGGAGGCUCUGCUGUACAACGACCACUCCGUUUUAGAGAACAUGCACCUGGCCAAGGCGUUUCAGAUCCUGUCGCGGGAUGACUGUAACAUCUUCUGCAAUCUCAGCGCAAAGGACUAUCAACACGUGCGCACGCUCAUCAUCCAGAUGGUCUUAAACACAGACAUGAGUUACCACUUCGAGCUCAUGGGUAAGUUCAAGUCAGCCGUAGUGGUACUGCGAGAAGAGGAGAGCGAAGAAGUGCCCAACAAAACAAUCAUGCUCAUCCUAGCCAUGGCUGUGCACUGUGCAGACGUCUCUAACCCAUGCAAGAACAAGCACAUCUACGGCCAAUGGGCCCAGCGCGUCAUGGAAGAGUUCUGGAAUCAGGGUGAUCUUGAGACGGUCAAUCAGAUGGCCAUUUCGCCCAUGUGCGACCGUCACACCGUGAGCAUUGAGAAGUGCCAGUCGUCGUUCAUCCAGUUCAUCGUUGAGCCUCUAUACGAGACCUUCUCCAUUCUCAUGCCUGAGCUGUACGAGGAAUGCAUCCCCAACCUACACGACAACAAGGAGUACUGGCAGAACAGACUGGCGAUUCUGGAAGGCACGAAAGAGCAGGAGCUGGAGCUGGAGCAAGAGCAAGAGCAAAAGAAGGAGCUAAACUUAGAUAUAGAGGGAGAUGAUUAGUGAUGGCGAUGGUGGGAUCUAUUAAACAUUAGAAAAGACUCCCGAUGCGUAUCCGAAUACGUGCAAGGAUCAGGGCACCGAACCUCUGGCGCAUACACUUCACUUCACAUGGCGGCAGUUGGGGGAUGUGUUGGGAUUGGAGAAGAUGUGUGUGCAGAGAGCGUUUGAUAUAGGGUUUGUCUUCGGUGUGGGGGGGUGUGCACGCGAGAGAGAGAGAGAAAGAGACCGCUCGCGCACACAUUCACGUACAUGUAACACACUCUGAUAACAUAUCUACAAACGCACACGUUACGUUACGAUCGGAGCGAUGGUCUUUAAAGUGGCUGUAUAAGCGCUUGUCGUAUGUGUAUGUACAUGUACACACAAAUGUGCUGCCGCUUCUGAUACCGUUGUGUAUGUUUACGGCAUCAUCUGUAGACACACAAACGUUCGCCGCAAUCCGUAAACGGACCACUAUACGUACACGCUCACCCGUUGCAUCGGGUCUGCGUGUGAAGUAAAUCUAUUUUUAGAACAGAUCGCGUGAGGGGUGUCUCAUCAUAGCCACACACAUUCACGUGUGGAAUAGGCUGUACUUAAACCACUGGGUUUAUGUCUGCGAUCACAUGUCUAUUUAUAGAUGAUCACGUGUCUAUUUAUAAAAUGGAGGAUCACGUGUCUAUUUAUGAAUCGAUGAUCACGUGUCUAUUUAUAGA